AUGCAGCUUCCGAAUCAAGCAACCGUCCCAAUCGGUGCAGUCCCAAACCAAGGUCUUCAAGAGGUGAACGACCAGGAAUGUCUUCCAGAGAUUCUCAUCAUUCUUCACGUCGAUCUCCCACUGCGCGACAUGAAAGUAGUCGGCAGAGGGAAGGCGCUGAACGGGACCGGACACGCUCCCCAAAAAAGCCUCACUCCUCUGACAGACACGUCGACUCUGGCCAACCGCUUGACAAAAGCCAGGAAACAACCGCUCCAGAAACCGCGAGAUUUCCCGCAGAGUCGAAAAAUUCCCGACCAGCAGAUUCAAAAG